AAUCCAAGCAACUCAGGAGAAGACUUUGUAGAGAGGACAAUUGGUAGAUCCAAUUGAGGGGAGCACGAUGGCAGGGAGCGCCAACAGAUUCGUUUCAGUUGACUAUGAAAUAUUUGGAGACGUGCAAGGUGUAUUUUUCAGACAGCAUACAUAUGAUCUAGCUUGCCAAAUUGGAGCAGUUGGAUGGGUGAUGAAUACUGCUAAAGGAACUGUCAAAGGCAGAGUACAGGGCACUCUGAGACAAGUAGAACAUAUGAAACAAUUUCUUGCACAUAGAGGCAGCCCAAUGUCCAAAAUAACAAAAUAUGAAUUUACUAAUGACAAAGAACUGGUAAAUUUGGACUACAACAAGUUUUCAAUCACAGCAGGAGACUGGUGAUAAUUUGUUUGAUUUCUACGUGUGGUGUGUGUUCAGCCUUUCCCUCGGAGGAUCCUAAAAUACAUCAAUCUUGUACAAUCCCUCGGAGGAUCCUAAAACACAUCAAUCUUGUACAAUCACUCGGAGGAUCCUAAAACACAUCAAUCUUGUACAAUCACUCGGAGGAUCCUAAAACACAUCAAUCUUGUACAAUCACUCGGAGGAUCCUAAAGCACAUCAAUCUUGUACAAUCACUCGGAGGAUCCUAAAACACAUCAAUCUUGUACAAUCCCUCGGAGGAUCCUAAAACACAUCAAUCUUGUACAAUCCCUCGGAGGAUCCUAAAACACAUUAAUCUUGUACAAUCACUCGGAGGAUCCUAAAACACAUCAAUCUUGUACAAUCACUCGGAGGAUCCUAAAACACAUCAAUCUUGUACAAUCACUCGGAGGAUCCUAAAACACAUCAAUCUUGUACAAUCCCUCGGAGGAUCCUAAAACACAUCAAUCUCGUGCAGUCAAUACCAGAAGAGUUAAAAUGUGUUACAGUUUAACAAGGGUUGAAAGGUCUGGCCUGAGAGAGCGAGCAAGAAGUCUCAUUGUUAAUGAGUAAUUUAUUUGUUUUAUUAGGAGGUUGAAAAUUGUUUCUUUAAUUUGGUUUUGAAAUCUUACAAUAUUUUUACUACUAAGUUGUGUUGCCACGCUUCUGAUCAUUUAGUUUGUACACAUUACCAAUUUUAAUUUGUAGUUAACUGCUUCACUUAAACAUUAACAACAUAUUAAGUAUGUAGCCAGCCAAUAAAAUUGGUAUGAAACGUCAGCUUGAAAAACUUAACUCUUGUAGACACAAUAACAGUGUUAUUGUUGACAUUUCUAACCUAAAUUGGUAGAUAUUUUACCUGGUGAUUUUAUAGUCAUUUUGAUACUUUGGGUCUCAAAUCAGGUAAAUGAUCCUUAUUUAUAAAUGAUAUAAGGUAUAAGAUUUGCUCAAAAAGUAAUUAUUUACCAGAAACUGAAAAUUGUCGAUCACAUGUUAUAUCAUUAGACACAAUGUUGAACUAACAUGCCCAGAUAACUUUAAAAAGAAAUGAAAAUGGCAUAUUGCUUAGAAGUUAUUUUAUAAAAUGAAAAUAAAUCUUUAAAAGAAAUGAACCCGGAAUAAAGAUCUAAAUUCAUUUCAUAUUUGUAUUUACAUAACACUAUAAUAUUUCAGUUGAUACUUGUCAAAAAAUUAUGUUUCAGUUGAUUAUAGUAAACAUUUAUCUGGAAUUAUGCACUCUGUAUUUACAUCAUUGCAUUAUAGGAUAGAGUUAUAAAAAGAAGAAAAAGACGAGAAAACUUGUAGAGAGCUUUAUCAUCCUUUUUCUUGUUGUUAUUAUCAUGGUUGGUCAGUCUUUUGCCUGGUUUGUUGUUUGAUCCCAUCACGAGGGUUGGUCAUUCUAUCACCUGGUUUGGUUUUUAGAUCCCAUCACAAUGGUUGGUCAGUCUGUCACCAGGUUUGUAGGUCUGAUUCCAUCGAGUUGGUUGGUCAGCCUUUCGCCUGGUUUGGUUUUUAGAUCCAAUCACAAUGGUUGGUUAGUCUGUCACCAGGUUUACAGGUCUGAUUCCAUCGCCUUGAUUGGUCAGCCUUUCGCCUGGUUUGGUUUUUAGAUCCCAUCACGAUGGUUGGUCAGUCUGUCACCAGGUUUGUAGGUCUGAUUCCAUCUCGUUGGUUGGUCAGCCUUUUGCCUGGUUUGGUUUUUAGAUCCCAUCACGAUGGUUGGUCAGUCUGUCACCAGGUUUGUAGGUCUGAUUCCAUCGCGUUGGUUGGUCAGCCUUUCGCCUGGUUUGGUUUUUAGAUCCCAUCACGAUGAUGGAUCAAUCUAUCACAAGCUUUGUUCUAAUCCAAGCUUCUUGUUAGGUUUGUUUACUACCAGUGUGUGUUUACUGGGUUUGGGUUAUAUUUAUCCCUUUGUAUGAAAUGUUUUCACUCACAUAUACUUGUUACGUUGUUAUAUUUACAAUAAAAGAAUAUUACAAUAUA